AUGUCGAGACACCCACAAAUGAGAGAUAUCUGUCAACAGAGGAAGGAACGAGGGACAUUGAGACACAUGUGCCCACUUAGUAUCAUUAGUGUAAGUAUGAGGAAUAGUAACAUCAAUACAAUAGAAAGCAGUCAGUCUACUGACCAGCCGCCCGCGACUCGUAAGUCAACACUCACUGAUGAGUAUUUAUCCCAAUGGACUUUGACGCGUUGUAGUUGUAUUGUGUUGCUCUGGUAGAUGCUGCUGUGGCGCACCAUGUGAAACCUUAUUUUGAUUCAUUAGCCGUGUCUAUACAUCAACAUGCCUGUGAACCUUUGUUUGGUGCUGAAAAUCGUAGAGCACUAGAGGUCAGAUACAAAUUCAUUGCACAACCAGUUCCACCAAAGUCGGUUGCUUUACUUUUAGUAAAUGAAGGAUGGCAAACGUUGGAUGUUCAAUAG